AAUUUGGUUGGUCGUUUGACUCUGUAGUGAUCGUACUGACAAGGUCAAUCAAUAAAUUUGAAACAACUGACAACUAACAAUUCAAAUCUGAGAUGUUCUCGUUAUUCGAAAUCAGUAAAUUAACGUUAUCCUACAAUUAUAAUAUAAUUCCAGAGGAAUAUUUCAGCAGAUAAACCAAUCAAUCAGCGAUAACAAAGGAGGUAAACGACGCGCGGUAGUCACCGUUACAAUAUGGCGAUUUAUAGUGUGCGAAACGGGCAGCCGAUUCAUAAUUUUUAAACUGUAAACCGUUGUUGCGCAAUAGGUAGGUGGCUGUGAAUUGAAAUUUAUGCCGAUAAAUGGCAGUAGCUCUGUUUCGCGUGGGACGAGGGCUGACUCUGACUGGUGUCGUGAGGAAUAUCACGAUUGAAGAAACAGCAAAAGGGUCGAGAAGAUCGAUCAUGACUUCUGAACGAAAGCUCGAAAAGGCUUUAGACGAAUUGAAGACGAAUCCCUACUUUGAAAAGUAUGCCGAGAAAAUAGCUAAGCUUCAAGAAACGAGCCCUGAAGAAUUUCUGAAAAAAAUUGCGGAGAAAGAGAGGCAGUUACAAGUCGAUAAAGAAAAACGUGAGCAAGUUCGAAAGUUUCAGCAAGCUUCUCAGGCAAAACCGUCCUUACCAGGCAUCGAUACUGGCUUGAAAAAAAAAGAAGCUCGUCUUAACGAUGUUAUGAAGGUUGAGCUGAUAGAGGGAAAAGACAGAGAUGAGAUUAUUCAAAUAUGGCAGGAAUAUCACAGGCAAAAAGACUGCAUAUCGGGAGCGAUGUCUGCGGAACAAUACAAGAAACUAUUUGAGCGUGGGAAACAGUAUCCUACAUUUUUGCUCCCCUUGCCUCGUUCAGAAGGGUAUGAAUUUAUCAUGUCUCAAUUUUAUGAUACGGAAAUACACAUGACUCCGUUAUUGUGGUAUCAAGUUCACAAAGAAAAUGCUCCAGAGUGUCUCUCAAUGACGCAUUACGCCGAACUUGCGGAGACAAAAGAUCUAGUAUUGAUGAGAGGAGAAUUUGACACAAACUCAAUAAACGUCCAAGAAGCUCAGUGUUUGGUGAAUGAAUUGCAGCUGUAUUAUGCUACCGAUGAUUCUGACCGGCUAAGAUUACUGGAAAAAUUCACUAAGAAACCCGACGAGUUCAAACAUAUGGAUUUAAUAGCAAAUUUAGAAACGAUUUCACUUGUACCUAACUCUGAAGCGGUUAAUACUAGAUGCUCGGAUGGUGGCAACGUUUUGCUGCUCAUGAAAUUCCAACCUAAGGGUGGAUUCACAUACGCGCGAUUGAGCAGUAACCAAUCAAAAUGCUUGAAAUGUAAUAAACAACAUAUGUCGAGCAUUUUGAUUGGUUACCACAUGACCGCGCCACCCCUGGUAUGUGAACCCAGCCUAAGGAUUUUUUAUAUAAACGGCGUAAGCCUAAAGUGUGAGAAAAUGAGUGGGCUGUUGAUACUAGAAUCGUUAGUAAUUAACUUGAAUAAAACAUGGAAGCAAAGAUUAAACAGACAUUAUUCGAAAGUAGCCUCAUCAAAUUUUUACGUGACAACACCAAUAUUCUACGUAAAUGCCGGACCUCACAUAGGCCACCUUUACAGUGCUAUAUUAGCCGACUCGUUGGCCAGAUAUAAGUCGAUGCUUGGAUACUCUGUGCAGCUAAGUACUGGCACAGAUGAGCAUGGGAAUAAAGUAAUGCAAGCUGCUAAAGUGUCAAAACUUGAUACUGGACAGUAUUGUAAACAGAUAUCGCAGCAAUUUAAGGAUAUGUGCGACUUAUUCGACGUUGGAUAUACAGAAUACGUUAGAACGACAGAGCCACGCCACACAAAAGCUUUACAUCAUUUUUGGAAAGUGUUGAAAGAGAAUGGCCACAUUUAUUCUGGAAAAUACUCAGGGUGGUAUUGUGUAGCAGAUGAAGCAUUUUUAACUAACUUGCAAUUAAAAGACAUCAAAGAUAGUGAAGGGAAAACUGUAAAAGUUUCAGCUGAGUCAAACCACCCAGUUGAAUGGAUUGAGGAAGAUAAUUACAAGUUUCGACUCAGUGCGUUUAAAGAUGAUUUGAAACAUUGGCUCCGGGAUGAUAGCGUAGUCCAACCGGUAAAGUUUCAUAAGAUUUUGUCAGACUGGAUUGAAGAGGGUACUUGUUUGGAAGACCUUAGUAUUUCCAGGCCAAUUACUAGGGCACCAUGGGGUGUCCCAGUUCCUGAGGAUAAAUCACAAAGUAUAUAUGUGUGGUUAGAUGCUUUGGUAAAUUAUUUAACAGCCCUCGGAUACCCUGAGAAAAGGUAUCAGGAAUUCUGGCCUCCUGCAGUACAGGUCAUUGGGAAAGAUAUUCUCAAAUUCCAUGGAGUAUUUUGGCCAGCAUUCUUAAUAGCUGCAGGUCUUGAACCACCGCGAAGUAUAUUGUGUCACUCGCAUUGGACUGUCGAUAGUCAGAAAAUGUCAAAAUCAAAGGGUAAUGUCAUUUCGCCAUUUGAUGCUGCGGGUUUUCUCACAGCAGAUGGUCUGCGAUAUUUCCUCUUGAGAGAAGCCGUACCACAUAGUGAUGCAAAUUAUAGCAAAACCAAAGCAAUAAAUGUUGUAAAUAGCGAAUUAGCACACACUUUUGGAAAUUUGUUGAGUCGAUGUGCGGGACGUGUCAUCAAUCCUAGUAGAGAGAUUCCACACCCAGCAAAAUAUGUGAACAUCCUCCAAACCCAAGAAGCCAAAGAACUGAUAAUUUCAUUAUACAGUUUGCAUACAGAAGCACAAAUUAGCUAUGACAAAGUUAAUCUUCAUCAUGUUGUUGACUCAGUUAUGGAUACGUUACACCUAGCCAAUCAAAUGGUUGAACAUCACAAACCUUGGAUACUUAUAAAGCAAACUGAUGAUGAAUCAAAGACUAAAUUGAAGGGCACUAUAUCAUUGGUUUUAGAGAGUAUUAGAAUAUGCUCAUUGAUUUUAUAUCCUAUUGUACCUAAACUGAGUGAAAACGUAUUGGACCUACUGAAUGUACCUAAAAGUGAAAGAACUUGGGAGCAUACAGUUCCAGCGUUUCUAAGUAACAAGGAAUCCAACUUAGGAACAUUGGCCACUGAUACACCCAUUCUAUUUAAGAAGAUAAUGAAUUCAGAAGGGUGAAUGUGCUUUUUGCAGUUCUUCACACGAACUGGAAGUCUUAUAUUCAUAGUAUUUACAGAGGGCAGCAAUUUCUUGCAUUUUGGUAGUAUACAUCAUCAUAAAGUUUAUACAUACAAGAGUAUUUUGAGAAAUUUAUUCAUUAAUAUUAUGCUAAUUAUUCCAUGUUUCAGAAAAACUCGAUACUAGAUGAUAAACACGAUGCACUAAAAAGUUAGUCUGUGAAUGAUUUGGAAAAUGGAAUGCUUUGAUAGUUAAAUAAAAAAUACAGAUUUAUU